AUACCAAAAGUUAAACCAAAUAUAGGGUGGCCCGUAAAUAGUUUGCAAUAGUGAAGCCCAAUAAAUAGUGCAGUUGCUGGUACAGUGACAACUCGUUAGCAGAGAGAAUGAAGGUGAGUGUGGAAGGGGAGAAGGUGAUACUGGUACCCUACAUGAGAGAGCAUGUGCCAAAGUACCAUGAAUGGAUGCAGGAUCCUCUUCUCCUUCAAGCUACUGGUUCUGAACCUCUCACCCUUGAUCAAGAAUAUGAAAUGCAACUUUCUUGGACUCAAGACCCUUUAAAGCAGACUUUCAUCGUGUUGGACAGGGAACUAGUUGUUGGAAACUUCAUUCAUGGAGAACCUCAUGUUGAAGCCAUUGUUGGUGAUGUAAACAUAUACAUGAAUGACUUGGAUGAUCUCCAAAUGGCUGAAGUUGAGAUUAUGAUAGCUGAACCGAAAAGUCGUGGCAAAGGGCUUGGCAAAGAAUCUGUUCUCAUGAUGAUGACAUUUGCAGUUGAUAAUUUCAAGAUACAUACCUUCCGCGUCAAAAUUGGAGAAUCAAAUCAAGCCUCUCUCAGUCUAUUCCAAAAAUUGGGUUUCAAGGAGACCUCUUACAGUAAAAUCUUCAACGAGGUGACCUUGGAGUUGCCAAUGACUGAGUCAAAGAUUUUUGAGCUGCGUCAAUUAGUUGGCAAUAUGGUUACACAUUCAUAGCACCUGAAGAUACAUUGUGUAUGCUGAUGACUGAGACAAUAUGAGGCAGUUUUCAAAGUUUCUGAAAAUCUAUUUCUCCAAAUGAUUGAAGGUGUGGGGAUGAUAAUGGAUGCAUCUGAGGGAUGUCGUUCGCGACUGAGUUUCCACCUUGCCAGACAUGAUUUACUGUGGUUCCAUUGCCCAGUGGCCCUAUAGUUGCAAAGAUAAUCAUCUCGUUGUUCAAGUAUUCUGCAGAUAUAUUUGAAACUUGAAAGCUGAGAUUUGCUUCCAGCAUUGAUGGACUGUAACUUGUUAUUUGUGUUGUGUAAGCUAUCAUGCUGUCAUUUGAUUUAUGGAAAGCAACUAAUGCUUGCGACCCGACCAUGCCUUGUCUAGUAGGGUUGAUAGCCCAUGCUACCCAUCCCUUAGGAUCUUGUUUAGCUCUGUAUGCAAUUGAAACUUUUGUGCUGGAUGAAUUGUAGCUCCAGUGUAGGUUUGCUUCUAAGAAGGGAAGUACUUUGCAAGUGGUGAAAAUUCUAUUGGCUGGGAAAGUGUAGUGUGAACAGUUUUGAGCAGAGGUAACAAGAAAAAGUGAAGCAAGAAUGCAGAAUAGCAGUUUGGAUGUUGAGCUUGGCGCCAUGGGAACAGAUUAUUUUCUUUUCUUGAACUAAAAAUGAGACGAAAGGAAGAAAACACCGUAAGAGACUAUUGAGCGACUGUCGAGCUGAUCCAACACCAAGCUGAGAAUGUAGUAUGUUACCGUUUCUUCAAGUUGAGAAUCAGGAUGUUGGUGCUUGGUAGGUAUUUUAUACUCCAACAAUAAUGUGUCUAUUUUAUGAAUGAGGUCUAGGGGAAUUGAAUAUUUCUUAUAUGUUACUUUUAGGGGUCGUUUGGUGUAAAGGAUAACAUCAAAUAGUCUCGGGAUUAAAUUAUAGUGCCACUCAA